CUUGCAACGUAUUAGAACUGACCGAAAUCCCGAGUCGUCUCACCAGUUUACUCCUCACCCGCCCAAAUUUGAUCUCGUUCAUUUCAUAGUUCUAUAAUUUUCUAACCCUACAAAAUACAACCGAAUCUGUCAUCAAUAAUAAUAUUCUAUUUUAAUUUGAAUGUAAAACAACUAAGUUAAGCGGGACAUAACCAGUAAUGGCGGAUUCAGUGUCGUUUAAGGUUCCAUAUAGGAACCUUAAGAAGGAGGCGGAAGUGGAGAUGGUUGGAACCGAUGAGCUUCAUCUCCGUCGGAUCGACUUGAAUUCUAAUUCAUCUUCUCAAGUAACGAUUUCCAACGGAAACUCCAAUUUUGCUGUCAGAUCCAAACAGUGUAGCUUGUUUACUCUUAUUCUCAGUUGUACAGUUGCCGCCGGUGUUCAGUUCGGUUGGGCCUUGCAACUUUCUUUAUUAACUCCUUACAUUCAGGUCUGCUUUCCCUCUCUCCGUGGAUCUGGCGCUGCGUUGUGUUUUUUUUUUAAGACACUUGGAAUAGAGCACGCCUUUUCUUCAUUCAUUUGGCUCUGUGGCCCCAUUACAGGCCUUGUGGUUCAACCUUGUGUUGGUAUAUGGAGUGAUAAAUGCACUUCAAAGUAUGGAAGAAGGAGGCCAUUCAUUCUUGCAGGAUCUCUUAUGAUUUCAGUUGCUGUGAUAAUAAUCGGGUUUUCUGCGGACAUUGGUUAUAUAAUUGGUGAUACUAAGGAGGAUUGCAGUGUAUUCAAAGGAACUCGAACAAGAGCUGCCUUUAUAUUUGUUAUCGGCUUUUGGAUGCUGGAUCUUGCUAACAAUACAGUACAGGGACCAGCUCGUGCACUUUUGGCUGAUUUAUCAGGUCCUGAUCAACGCAAUUCAGCUAAUGCUAUAUUCUGUUCAUGGAUGGCUGUUGGAAACAUCCUGGGAUUUUCGGCUGGUGCUAGUGGAGAUUGGCACAGAUGGUUUCCUUUCCUAACAAGUAGGGCUUGUUGUGCGGCUUGCGGAAAUCUCAAAGCAGCUUUUCUUGUGGCAGUGGUUUUCCUUACUCUAUGUACUCUUGUGACUAUAUGUUUUGCUGAUGAGGUUCCACUUACUGUAAAUCAACCCAAUCAUUUAUCAGAUUCAGCCCCUUUAUUGGAUGAUCCUCAUCAAGAUGGCCUUGUCCUCUCCAAAUCAAAACCUGAUAAACCAAUUCCAAUCAGUUUCAAUUGCAACAAUGCUGACAGUGUCCAUGAAAGGGAUGUAGGUCAAAUGCAUGUCAACCCAAAGGUCGAGGAUCAAGAUGAAAAUUUCAGUGAUGGGCCUGGAGCUGUAUUAGUCAAUUUAUUAACCAGUUUAAGGCAUUUACCCCCUGCAAUGCAUUCCGUGCUUAUUGUUAUGGCUCUUAGUUGGUUGUCCUGGUUCCCUUUCUUUCUUUUCGAUACAGAUUGGAUGGGGAGAGAGGUUUAUCAUGGAAAUCCAAAAGGAAAUUCUUCUGAAGUGAAGUUAUAUGAUCAAGGUGUCAGAGAAGGUGCAUUUGGUUUGCUAUUGAAUUCAGUUGUUCUUGGCAUUAGUUCUUUCCUUAUCCAACCUAUGUGUCAGCGAAUGGGUGCAAAGCUUGUCUGGGCAAUGAGCAAUUUCAUUGUGUUUGCUUGUAUGGCAGGCACGGCCAUCAUUAGCUUGAUAUCUGUCAGGGAAUACUCUCAGGGGAUUGAACAUGUAAUUGGCGGGAGUGGAUCAAUCAGAAUAGCUUCGUUGGUUUUAUUUGCUCUUCUUGGUUUUCCCCUUGCUAUUACCUAUAGUGUUCCCUUUUCAGUCACUUCACAGUUGACGGCUGAUUCUGGUGGUGGGCAAGGAUUGGCAAUUGGAGUUCUGAAUCUUGCAGUAGUUAUUCCACAGAUGAUUGUGUCACUUGGUGCGGGUCCAUGGGAUGCUCUUUUUGGUGGAGGAAAUAUACCUGCCUUUGUUUUGGCAUCCUUGUCUGCCCUUUCUGCUGGUGUUGUCGCAAUUCGUAAGCUUCCAAAUCUUUCAGGAAGUUCGUUUGAGUCAUCCGGUUUUCAUAUUGGCUAAUGACAAAACUGUCUUUAACGAAGAAGCGUCCAGUCUGUAUGUGAUUAUCAGAAACUGCAAGCACAAUACUCGAUUUUCUUUCAGAACCCUUUAAGCAUCUCAUAGUGGCUCAAUGAUUACAGCAUCAUUCUUUCACACAUGUUAUUUACUGGAAAUCAAUGCUGCUGCCAUUACUGAGUAUGUACAAUUUUCACAUAGAAAGAACUAUGGGUUAUAUAUUCAAAUUCAUUCUUUUUUUUUGGAUUUUUGCUUGCCCCAUUUGUGGGCACCUGUACCUUGUGUAGGGUGUAAACGAUCACACAUAUAUUGAAAGGCUGUUACAUGCA